AUGUUCAAAUUUAAAAAUGAUUUAGAAAACAUUUGUCAAUCAGAAUCCAUGGAUCGAACAUCGCGUAGACGUGCUGGGCAACUAAUUAGCAGUAUGAAGGCCAAUAAGCGCAAGAAUAAUGAUGCUCUGCCAUCAACUGUGUUCAGCAACCAAGGCUCUGCGCUCAGCAAUAACGGUACCAUCAUUGUAAACGUGAUUUCCGGAGCUAAAGAAGUAGAUGGAUCCAAAAGACAGAAGGUUGAUCAUGUGGAAGACGCUGACAGCUGGCAAGUUGAAAGUGAAGAAGAUCUAUGGGAUGCUUGGCGUCAGUUUUUAAAAUGCUGUUGUUGUUGCCAUGAUUUUUGUAUCCCUCAACAACUCUAUGAUCACUUGGAUACCGCAACUGUCGCAAUAAACAAUCUUUUUAAGCAGCAUCCAGAGUAUAGUCUUGCUGUGCUUGAAGCACUAAAACCUUUACCUAAAAAUUGGAAAGCAGCAAGAAAAGCUGUUGUUAAUCCUGAAGACAAUGAUGACGAUAAUGAAGGAGAAGAAAGCAAAGAAUUUUUACAAGAAUUAUUUCUAAUUAUGCAAUAUUACUUUGUUCAAGAAGAAGGAUGUGGCUGCUGUAUUAAAAAAUCUGAAGUCAACUAUAACUUGUUUGUCCUUUGGCCAUUGAUGAGUCUUGCUGCUGGGGAUAUGAACUUUGUUGCUGGGGAAUAUAUUUUAAAAGCCUCAAAAGAAGAAUAUAGAGCAGAUGCAUGUAUUCUUGAUGAGAAUGACAACGAGAUCUGUCUUCUGGAGUCUUCUGGUUGCUAUCUUUUUGGUGACAAAUGCAAAUAUGGCUAUGAUCAUGUCAAGGGCGCAUUUGGCGUAUUAACUAUGUUUAAUGCUGCCUUCAAGAAAUAUCACAAAGCAUCAUUCAAGGUUGCUCAAGAAUUGAGCAUUCUGUUCAUCCAUGCUCGACAUGACGCUAUUCAUCUUUGGUCUCUGGAGCUUUGUUCCCAGAAAAUGUAUGUACUGAAGAAAGUGUAUGUCGCCAAAACGCCUGUAAACAGCCAUGUAAUUGCAUUAGGCAAUCUUUUUUGGUGCUUGAAGACAAUGAUAAAAAAAACUGCUUGUGUUCUGAAAAAGAUGAAAGAGAGUCAUGAACAAAAUGAGCUCAAGAUGAUGAUGGGUGAAGAAACCUCACCAAGCCUCUUUCAGUUUGUUGACAUCGACAUUCAAAAGCCAGUGAAAGGUGCAGGCUACGGCAUCUUGUUGCCUGAAGAAAAAGAAGAACAAGAUAUUGUUAUUAAAUAUGUAUAAAUAUAUAAUCGUCUUGUGCAUUAUUUUCUUAUUGCCAGAAAGAGCAUUGUAAAACAAAAUAAAAAAAGUUGACAUGUUUCAAAGCUUGGCGUAAGUGAAGUAUCCCUUAAAGACAUUAUGGCUUUAAAUUAGAUUCGCAUGUCAAAAACCAAAACCAGAAAAAUGAA